GCUGAUUGGCGGCUUGUGUGAAGCUCCGCCCCCUCCGGUCACGUCAAGUCAUGUCUUAUUGCUCCACGUGAACUCUGGAGUUUCAUUAUUGCUCAGUAGGACAAGGACAGCGGGACACACUGACAGGACAGAUUUUGUGGCGUCAUCAUGGCCGAGAACGGAAAACACAGUGAGAUGGACACAGAAACACCUUCAGCGUCACAGGAAACACAGAGUGUGAUGUCUCGCGUGAGUAACCUGGCCCUGGUGAGCUCAGCGUGUGACGCCGUGUCCAGCGCGUACAGCAGCACGAAGGAAAGCAUCCCUGUGCUCAGAGGAGUGAUGGAUGCAGCCGAGAGCGGAGUUCGGACCCUGAGCACCGCCGCUAGCUCAGGAACAAAACCUAUACUGAACAAACUCGAGCCACAAAUUGCCAUGGUGAACGAGUACGCCAUGAAAGGGCUGGACAAGAUGGAGGAAAAACUUCCCGUCUUACACCAGCCAGCGGACAAGCUGGUGUCUGAGACGGUGGGAAAGGUGUAUCAGUGUGUGUCAGGAGCGAAGGACGCGGUGGUGGGGGCGAUGAUGGGGGGAGUGGAGAUGACCCGCACGGCCCUCAGCGGGGGUAUUAACACCGUCAUGGGGUCCCGCGUGGGGCAGAUGGUCAGCAGCGGAGUGGGUUUGGCUCUGAACCGAUCGGAGGACUGCGUGGAGCAGAAACUCCCGCUCACUGAGACAGAACUGGCCGCUGUAGCAGAGCCUCUGCCGAAGGAUGAGGUCGAAACCUCACUGAGCAACGAAGGCGUGGCCUCUCAAAGCUCCGCCCCCAGCUACUUUGUGCGCCUGGGGAAACUCUCAGCCCAGGUUCAAGAGCGAGCGCUGGAGCUGUCCCUCAUUAAAGCCAGCGUGGCUCGAGACGCCACUCACAAAGCCGUAUCCCAAAUCACCAGCACCCUGGACCUGCUGGAGAACCUGCGAGGAGCCAACACGCUGGGGCGAGCACCAGAGCAACUCCUCAAGAGGUGGAGGGAGUGGAGACAGGAGGGGCAGGAAGAACACAGGCAGGGGCACGGGGCAGAAAGCACAGAGGAGGACGGCGGAGAGGACGGCAAGGAGAACGGAGAGCUGGAAUGGCGAGCUCUGUCCAUGGUGCGUGCUCUGAGCGAGCAGCUGCGUGUGGCGUGUUCAGGCGUCGUGUCCAGCGUUCAGGGUCUCCCCAGCACCGUACAGGAGCAGCUGCAGAACGCACGGCAUUCAGCCGAAGAGCUGCACUCAUCCCUCGGCAAAACCAAGACGGUCACACCGCUGCUGCUCCAACAGAGCCGAAACCAGCUCACACAGGUGAGACAGUCACUGGACGGAGUGAUGGAGUAUCUCCUGAAUAACACUCCUCUCAACUGGUUAGUCGGGCCUUUUUCACCCCAGCUGACGGAGAAACAGCCGAGCGCAGAGUAGCGCUUAGAAAAAAUAAAACAUGAAUAAAACAUUUAACAAAAAAUAAAACAUUCAAAUGUG